AAGAGCCUCGCCCCGCCCCUCCCCUCUCCCCUUCCCCGAUCCCCACUCCACCACCGCGGCCGCGCCGACGACAUCUCACCACCACCAGCAGCCAUGGGCGGGUCCUCCUCCACCGCCAGCGCUCCCGCGGAGGCGCGCGAGCUGCGGGAGCAGGAGGCCCUCGCCUCCGCCGCGCUCUCCCUCCCGCUCCUCCGCGCCGUCUUCUCCCGCUCCGCCGACCUGGCCGCGACCCUCUCCCUCCCGCCCACCUCCUUCCGCUCCGCCCCCCCUCUUGAAACUCCGGCGCACUUCCAGGACCUCCUCGCAAGCCUCGGCCCCACCAUCGCCUCCCUCUUCUUCCCCCGCGGCGCCUCCGAGGACGCGGGGGCGGGGGGCUGGCUCGGCUUCCUCAAGGGGUUCAACUCCUGCUGCGCGCGCGCCCGGGCCUCGCUGCCGCUGGCGGUGCUCCUCCGCGUCUACGCCGCGGCCUGCGCCGCCGCGGGCACGCCCUGCGGCGUGCAGUUCCGCCCCGACGAGGACGGCGGCGGGGAUGAGGAGGGCGGGAAGGUCGUGGGGGAGCUCGCCCCCGGGGAGAUCGCCGUGCUGCUGUCCAUGUGCUGGGUCAUGGCGUGGAGCGGCUUGGCGCCGAGGGCUUCGGGCGGCGAGGAAGGGGGGAAGGGGGAGGCCGUGCUGCUCCCGGACGUUUCGCACCUGGUGCUGUCGGCGCUCGUGUCCGCGGGCGCCGUCGCAGAUGACGAGGGUGUAUGGGGCUGGGAGGUUUCCGGUGCCGGGAAGGGGGUUUCGGUGCAGGAGUUCACGUCCUGGGUCAUCUCGACUGUCCCCGGGCUUGGCAACUGCCUCUCGCGGUAUGUGCAGGACAGGUUCCGGUCGUCUGAGUCUGAUCCAGCGAAGGAAAGCUCUGUUUCAACUGGUAACACAACUUUUGAUACUUGUGAUGCAUAUCUAUUAACACGUGGGAGGGCAUGGUCAAUCUCUCUCAGCGUCAGAAACACAUUGAGUGAAAAGUUUUUGCCAGCAUCUUUCAUUGGAAUGGACACAGGAGACCUUCUUUAUAGGUCAUCGCUUCAUGGAAAAGGUCUGAGCCGGUUUUGGUCUUGUGUUGAGGGGUAUAAGGGACCAGCGCUAAUUCUUCUCCCGGCAUUCUCAAAUUCUGGUAGUGAGAAUGUUGAUGCUGGCCGAAAAUGGGGAAUUGGUGUAUUAACUGAGGAUGGAUUUGAGAACAAAGACACUUUCUACGGUAGCUCUGGGUUCCUAUGUGCCACAUAUCCAAUAUUCCGCAUGCUUCUGCCAUCGGGUAAGGAGAAGAACAUCAUGUAUUGCCACCUGCAUACUCAACUAAAGACGUAUGAGGCAACGCCAAAGCCUCUUGGCUUAGCAUUCGGUGGAUCAAUUGGAAACGAGAGGAUCUUUAUCGACGAGGACUUCUCUAAAGUUACAAUUCGCCAUCAUGCAGUUGACAAGACUUACCAACACGGUUCUCUCAUUCCCAAUCAGGGUUAUUUACCUGUUGAGGCUUCAAUACUUGACUUCGAAGUAUGGGGGCUUGGUGGACAAACAACAAAGCGGCAACAGGAUAUUUUCAAGAAGAGGGAGGAUAUUUUCUCAGGGCAGCGGAGAAAGAUUGAUCUCGCAGCUUUUGGCAAUUGGGAAGACUCUCCAGAGAAAAUGAUGAUGGACAUGGUUUCUGACCCAAACAAGGCCCGUCGGGAAGAACGUUGAUUUAGUUUUAUGGCCAAGCUCAUUUGCUAGUGUUCAGCAGCUACCCAUACAAAAGUGGACACAGAAAUGACAAUAUUACUUUUGAGGUAUAUAGAGGUCAUUUGCAUGUAUUCGCCCCUUUGAUGUUAAAGGCAUUUGGCAGGACCACUCAUAAUUUAGGUUCUGAAUUGAACAGAGGCUUUGUAUAGAAUUACAGUUGUUACAAUAGUGCCUGAGUUUCCUUCUCAUCUUCCCUUUGUUUUAGGGGAAGCAAGAGCAAACGAUUUGUACAUCUGUGUUGUAAAUUAGAUAAUCAUCAUCUGUACCAUACUGUUAUAUACUCCCUUGGAUGUACAGAUAAACUUCAUAUAUCUGUUAAUAAGGGAUGUACCCAAGGAGUAUUGUUAUAUACUCCCUUGGAUGUACAUCUGCAUGAAAGUUGCCCAUCUCCCUUGGA